CUCACACGCUCCCCCUCCCCCCUGUGUGUCAUACGUUUUCACCCCUUCUCCUCCCACCUCGCCGUCCCUCUCUGUGUCUCCCUCUCAUUCGCCCACAUCCGCUCACUUUCUCCACCAGGCUUCAAACACGGCUGCAGGAUGUCCAUCGUGAAUAUUGUUGCCAGGGAGAUCCUGGACUCCCGAGGAAACCCCACUGUGGAAGUAGAUCUGCAUACUGGCAAAGGUGUGUUCAGGGCUGCGGUGCCCAGCGGUGCUUCCACCGGCAUCUACGAGGCUCUGGAGCUCCGAGAUGGAGACAAGACUCGCUACAAGGGCAAAGGUGUAACCAAAGCCGUUGGUCACAUCAAUGACACCCUUGGACCUGCCCUCAUCCAGUCUGGAAUCAAUGUGUUGGAGCAGGAGAAACUGGACAACACGAUGAUUGAGAUGGACGGCACCGACAACAAAUCUAAGUUUGGGGCCAAUGCUAUUCUCGGAGUAUCACUGGCCAUAUGCAAAGCUGGCGCAGCAGAGAAAGGUGUCCCCCUGUACCGCCACAUUGCUGAUCUGGCUGGAAACGGAGAGUUGGUCCUCCCAGUUCCUGCUUUUAAUGUGAUCAACGGGGGCUCCCAUGCUGGUAACAGACUGGCUAUGCAGGAGUUCAUGGUGCUUCCUGUAGGGGCGGAGUCUUUCCGUGAUGCUCUGCGUGUGGGGGCGGAGCUCUACCAGACAUUGAGGGACGUCAUCAAGGAGAAGUACGGUCAGGAUGCUACGAAUGUGGGAGACGAGGGAGGGUUUGCCCCUAAUAUACAAGAGAACAGUGAAGCCCUUGAGCUGAUAAAGACGGCCACAGAGAAAGCGGGCUUCACAGACAAAGUGGUGAUAGGGAUGGAUGUUGCUGCUUCUGAGUUUUUCAGCGAGGGCAAGUACGACCUGGACUUCAAGUCUCCGCCCAACGCUGCCCGCAACAUCAGUGGCGAGGAGCUGGCUAGCAUCUACCAGGGCUUCAUUAACAACUACCCAGUGGUGUCUAUUGAAGAUCCUUUUGACCAGGACGACUGGCCAGCUUGGUCACAGUUCACAGCCUCAGUGGGCAUCCAGGUGGUCGGAGACGAUCUGACAGUCACUAACCCGCGCAGGAUACAACGAGCCGUGGAGGACAAGGCCUGCAACUGCCUGCUGCUUAAAGUCAACCAGAUUGGCUCCAUCACAGAGGCCAUCAAGGCGUGUAAGCUGGCCCAGGAGAACGGCUGGGGUGUGAUGGUGAGCCACCGCUCAGGAGAAACAGAGGACACUUUUAUAGCUGACCUGGUGGUUGGUCUCUGCACUGGACAGAUCAAGACUGGAGCUCCCUGUCGAUCAGAACGUCUGGCCAAAUACAAUCAGCUCAUGAGGAUUGAGGAAGAGUUGGGUGACCAGGCUCGCUUUGCUGGACACAACUUUCGCAACCCCAGUGCCCUUUGAGUGCCAGCACCAUUAGCAGUGGCACAGAAUAAAGCACGCAUAUACAUAUAUUCAUAGUGAUGAAAUCAUGACACCUGUUUAAGCAAAGCUCCAACCACACUAAGACACACUUAGAAGCAAUAAGACUAAUUAGUUUUCAAAUAACUCAAAUGCUCUGUAGCUACAGUAUAUUGACCAGACGUUUCAGCAAGUGAUUGACUUAAUUGACUACAACUGGUUGCAGCAAAUCCUGAACAAAGCCUGGAGGAAAAAAAAAUCAGUGUUUCACCUCUCAGCAGACGAGCACUUCCCCUGAUGCACUUUCUUUCUCUCUCCUGAUCCCUCUGACUGUCUCCUUUUGACUCGCUGCCGAAGUGUUUUGAUCUUUUGUGCCCUGUUGUUUCUUCUUCCUCCUCUUCCUCGUGUCAUUUCUGAUGUGAAUCCUCUGCAGCUUGCUACGCAAUUGUAUCUGUCACUUUGUCUGUCUAUAAGGUUAUGCUUAAUAAAGAAUAUGGAUACAUAUUAACUGGAA